AUGGGUGGAAAGAAGCUGAAGGCCAUGAUUCACGUUAGGGACAGCGUCGUGGAUUUCCUAACCCGAGCAGAGAAGUUCCUGAAAACCACGCAGGCAGUGGAUGAGAACCAAAUACGGUUUCGGCUAGAGAAGUUGGAGGCCAAAUGGGAGGAAUUUGAGGGAAUUCAAGCAGACAUCGAAUCAGCGGAGGACUAUGAGGACAACCUCGAGAUGCAUCAUCAAGUCAGGGCGAGUUUCGAGGAAAAAUAUUUCGAGGUAAGGGCAGGGUUGGUUGGCAAGUUACCGCAACAGACGCAAACUCAAUCGUCACAAGGGUCUUCUUUCGUUCCUCAUUUGCAAUCGACUAACGUAAAUGCUUACGUACGACUUCCUCAAAUAAACCUUCCUGAAUUUGAUGGAAGUUUUGAAAAAUGGCUACCUUUCCACGACACAUUCAAGGCCCUGAUUGAUUCCGCCCCGGAGUUGAGUGGUAUCCAAAAAUUCCACUACUUGAGGGCUUCUCUGAGGGGUGAAGCGUUGAAUUUGAUCGAUUCUUAUCCGAUGAGCGAGGCAAAUUACGUGGUUGCGUGGAACGGUUUGGUUGCACGGUUCUCCAAUGGCUACUUGUUGAAAAAACGGCAUUUGAAUGCGAUGUUUGAGUUCCCGAAAAUUCGGAAAGAGUCCGCUACAUGCAUCCACGAUGUCAUCGACUGCUUCGAACGUAACACCAAAAUCUUGGACCAGUUAGGAGAGCAAACCACCGGCUGGGGUGCGAUGCUAACGCAUCUGAUGGUAUCGAAGUUGGAUGAGUCUACACAGAAGCGCUGGGAAGAACAUGUGUCAGACGAGGUCGAGCCAUCUUUCGUCGUCCUGGUGGAGUUUCUAAAAAGGCAAACAAGGGUUCUUGACGCUGUGCUAGUCGACCAAAAGGUACCUCUUACUCAAGCUCAAUAUCCCUCAAUCGGACUGAAGUCACGUCCUUCGAAGAUCUCGGUCAACUCGGCGACCGAGCGGAAACCUUCAAACUGCGUUUCAUGCGGAGAGCAGCAUUUUAUCUCGCAAUGUUCCUCCUUCACUCAACUUCCGGUUGACCAACGGCUGCAUCUGACCAAUUCUAAAAGGUUGUGCAGCAACUGCUUGGGUCGAAAUCAUCUAGCGCGUGAUUGUCCCUCCAAAUACAGGUGCAGAACUUGCUCCAAGAAGCAUCAUACCUUACUACAUCCGGGGUUCCCUGGUUCAGGUUCUACUUCCAGUCCUGUUUCGGAAGCUUCAAGGAUUCAGGGACAGACUUCAACUGCUUUGGAAGGUACGAAUUCCGGAGGGUCGAUUACUAGUUCUGUGGCAUCCGUUUCAACAAACGCAGCAGUUGGGCAUCCGGGAAACCACGUCUUCUUGCAGACGGUGUUGCUCAAGAUCAAGGAUAACUGGGGUAGGACUCAUCUUGCGCGUGGCUUGCUGGAUUCUGGAUCACAAGCAAACUUAAUGUCGGAGAGACUCUGUCAGCUACUAAAGCUUCCACGGCGCGCUAAACGGGUGGAAAUUCAUGGUAUUGGUCAAGCGCGAAGGACAACGACACACGAGGUAUCAUCUUUCAUUUCGUCACGUAUUCGGAACUUUUCAACGUCAAUGGACUUUCUGGUACUGGGGCAGGUCACAGCUGAUCAGCCAUUCUCUUCUCUUCCACUGACAAAUUGGGCACCGCCAUCCGGCAUGCAAUUGGCAGAUCCCGAAUUCAACGUGUCAGGACCGAUAGAUCUGGUACUUGGGUCGCAAUACUUCUACGAUUUCCAUAUACUCGAUGGUGGCCGGAUUCAAAUUCGCAAGCUCGACAGUGCUCUUCCAGCUUUCGUCAAUACCGUCUUUGGUUGGGUAGCUGCUGGAGAAUCCGAAUGGCCUGAAAACAAAACGGUGGUUAAUUGUCAUCUAGCAACUACAGAAACUCUCGACUCGACAAUGCAGAAAUUUUGGGCGAUCGAAGAGAUGAUGGAAAAACCAAUACGAUCCCAAGAGGAAGAAGACUGCGAGCAACACUUCCAAGCAACAAUCGAUCGUGACUCUACCGGUCGAUACAUAGCACAGUAUCCGAAGAAGAUUGGUUUCCACGAGAAAAUUGGCGAUUCUAGGAACACGGCUUUGCGACGAUUCGAUCAACUGGAGAGGAGGUUAGGAAAGGAUCCAAAUUUGCAUCAACAGUAUAGCGAUUUUCUUCAAGAGUACCUCGAUAUGGGCCACAUGAAACUUAUCGGGACAUUGCAAGAUAUAAAGGAUGAAGGACGAACCGUUUGUUACCUCCCCCACCAUCCCGUCUUUAAAGAGACCAGUUCAACAACAAAGGUCAGGGUGGUAUUCGAUGGUUCCGCAAAGACAAGUACUGGUUCAUCGCUCAAUGAUUCGCUCCUCACAGGUCCGGUCAUCCAAGACGACUUGUUGGACCUCAUGAUCCGAUUUCGCAAGCACACCGUAGCAUUGGUGGCGGAUGUGGCUAAAAUGUAUCGCCAAGUGCGUAUUCAUCCAGACGAUACACCCCUCCAACGUAUUUUGUGGCGGUCUGCGCCAACCAGUCCAAUUCAAAUUUUCGAGCUGCAAACCGUUACGUACGGCUUAUCUCCGUCGUCGUUUAUUGCCACGCGUGUACUAAAACAGCUCGCAUCUAAUGUUGGUAGCAAAUAUGAUCACGCUGGCACAGUGGUGUCGAAUGACUUUUAUAUGGAUGAUUUUCUCUCAGGAGCAGAUACGGUAGAAGAGGCAAAAAGGUUGAGAAAUGAUGUACAGUCUCUCAUGGCAGAGGGAGGGUUUGAACUGCGGAAAUGGAGCUCAAAUUCUUCAGAUGUGUUGAGUGGCUUGCCUCCUGAUGCACUUGAGGAUCAAUCGACGCUUUAUCUUGAUGCAGAGCAGAAGGUGAAGACGCUAGGAGUGGCAUGGGAGACGGGAACGGACUGUUUACGCGUCGACAUACCUACACUAAGGGAGGAAGAGCACUGGACGAAGAGACUAAUCUUUUCAACGAUCGCUCAACUGUACGACCCUCUCGGAUUAGUUUCUCCGGUUGUGGCAUGGGCGAAAAUACAGAUGCAACAUCUUUGGUUGGUGUCUGUUGACUGGGACGAUAAGAUCCCAUACGAGAUUUGUGGAAAUUGGGAGAAUUUCUAUGAGCAGCUUCCACUGCUGCAAAGCUUCAAGGUCCCACGUUGCGUUUUCGUCCCACAAUCAACAAAUUCCCACUUCCAUGUAUUCUGCGAUGCAUCGGAAGCCGGAUACGGGUCGUGCAUCUACGCGCGAUCUACCAAUGGGGAAGGUGAACACAUCUUGCAGCUAAUCGCUUCCAAAUCGCGGGUAGCACCAAUCAAACGGCUCAGUUUGCCACGUCUCGAGCUGUGUGCAGCAUUAUUAGGGGCAAACUCUACGCCAGGGUCUCCGCAGCAUUAA